CUUUGUCUCUGUUCUUGAUGAAACAACGCAUCAAUAGAGAUUUUAGGAAAUUUCAUCAGAUUGCCACUUCAUCAUAAGACAUUCUCAAAAGAGUUGUUGAAGAUAUUCUUGACUUCUCAAAACUCGAAGCUGGGUUUUCCAGAUCGAAGAAUCUGUCUUUACGUUAGCUGAGUUGUUAGAUGAUUCCCAGGCCAUCUUCGAAAUGCAGACUGCCAUGAAGAGAGUCAGCCUGAUCUUCCACAUGGAUGACCAGUUUCAGGGUCUCAAGGUCGAGUCUGACAAGCAGAGGCUAAAGCAGGUUUUGUUGAACUUGUUAUCAAACGCCACCAAGUUCACUAACAGAGGCUCCAUCAGUGUUGCCCUUUAGGUGAAGAAUGAGGAUAGGAGUCAGGAUUUUCAAUUUGAUCAAUACCAAGAUAUUUAUACCCUCUAAUACAUAGAUGACUAUGCAAUCAAUAUGACUCCAGGAGUGCUCGAUGAGAUUCCAAUCUGCUAUAUCAUGUCCGGCUCGGAGAAUUAUAACCUCAAGUGUUUCCGUCUUCAUUAACUAAAGAACUCUGACUUGAAAUGACAGUUACAGAUACAGGACUCGGUAUCCCUGACAAAGACCUACCCUCGCGGUUCAAACUCUUAGGCAAGACCAGUUCCAACCACAACCGGAACAAGACUGGGACUGGGCUUGGCCUGACCAUUUGCAAGAAGUUGUGCGAGAAGCUAGGAGGGAAGAUCAGCUUGAAGUCAAAAGAAGGAGUUGGCACAAAAGUCACCUGUGAAUUCUUAUGCUUCUAUUAGCCAUUUUUAUAAAAUUUCACUAAUCAAACUCUGA